CUAAUUAUAAAUAAAUAUUAAACAUUUUUCUCUUCAAAAAAAUCAGUUUUAAAAAAAGUUUUAUUGAAUAAUUUACUUCUUAUCUACGAUUGGUCAAAAUAAAAAUAUGUUUUCGGCCGCGACCUUUUUAUUCAGUUCUCUAAGUUCUCACGACGCGGGUGAUUUCUUCAAAUCUUCGACGGAAAAAAGGAUUCAAGUAGAAAAAGUUCUAUCCAAAAUAAGACUCAGCCAUGACACUUACGAAAAAAUCCGUGACAUGCUAAUAGCAGAAUUCAUCAAGGGUCUGGGCAAGGAAACCAACGCCUCGGCUACCAUCAAAAUGUUCCCUUCGUACGUUAGAGCCGUGCCAGAUGGGACAGAACAAGGCGAUUUCUUAGCUCUGGAUCUUGGGGGCACUAAUUUUCGGAUAUUGAGAAUCACGCUAGAGGGCAACAAAGUUAGCAUGCAAAACAAGAUAUACAUGAUAUCCAAAAAACUGAUGACGGGACCCGGAACAGAUUUAUUCGACUACAUAGCGGCUUGCUUGUCCGAUUUCGUGAAAGAACAAAAUUUAGAGGGGAAAUCUUUGCCACUGGGUUUUACCUUUUCCUUCCCCUGCAAGCAAGAAGGGCUCACCAAGGCCAGGCUCAUCUCUUGGACGAAGGGCUUCACCUGCCCAGGCGUGGUAGGAGAAGACGUGGUUAAUCUGCUACAAAAGUCUCUCAUCACACAUCCGAAAACAGGCAUAAAGAUGGACACCAUCGCCAUUUUGAACGACACGACUGGCACUUUGAUGUCUUGCGCAUUUUUAGACCAAAAUACCAAUGUCGGUAUGAUCUUAGGAACUGGAAGUAAUGCAUGUUAUAUGGAAAAACUGGAAAACGUCGAAUUGUGGGACAGCGAUUACGAUGAACCCAAACAAGUAAUCAUCAAUACAGAGUGGGGAGCUUUCGGUAGUGACGGAGCCUUAGAUUUCAUGAGAACCAAAUACGAUUACGAUAUCGAUCAAAACUCUCUAAACCCUGGCAAACAAAUAUACGAGAAAAUGAUAUCCGGUUUCUACAUGGGCGAAUUGGUCAGGCUAGCCCUGGUCGAUUUGUGUGAGAAGGGACUCCUCUUUAACGGCAACGGUUCCGAUGAAUUGUACACCAGAAACCAAUUCUUCGCCAAAUACGUUUCCGAAAUUGAAAGUGACUUGUCCGACGAUUUCCCCAAUACACGUCAAGUACUAGAUGAGAUUGGCAUAGAGUACGUUUCUCAAGAAGAUUGCGCUAUCGUUCAAUACGCCUGCACUUUGGUAUCCUCUCGCGCCGCUUACCUAGCGUCAGCAGGUGUAGCGGCUAUAUUGACUAAAAUGCAUAAACCCAAAGUCACGGUGGCAGUUGACGGUUCCUUGUACAGGUAUCACCCUAAAGUCCACAAUCUUAUGAUGGACAAGAUUGGCAAACUUGUCAAAGAUGUUGAUUUCAAAUUAAUUCUAUCCGAGGACGGGAGCGGAAAGGGUGCAGCCCUAGUUGCCGCCGUCGCCUCUCGCCUAGCUCGCGAAAAGGCGGCGAAAUUAGCCGGAAGGGAUCCUAAAAGCGAACCUCAUCAAAACACCGAUAAUCAUCAUUCAAAGUCGUCUAACCCCGAAACAUUUAAUAAUUAUAGCAUAAAACCAGACGGAAAUCAUCACAAAAGAAAUUAACCAAUGCUUUUCGGAGUCAUUCAAAGCAAAAAAAAAUUCAUAAAAUAACCAAUUAUAAUUUCAUACUCUUAUACUAUUCAGUGUAUUAUAAUAUUACACCAUCAUCCACCACCUCCCUUUUUUUAAAUUUUGGGUAUUCCUUUAAAUUUCCUUAAUUUUGUCUAGUCAAUUAUCUAGCUUUCUUAUUUAU